AACAAACUUGGAUUUUAAUUUGCUAAUUUUCAGGCAUGAGACUGUGGGGGAAGUGACAGAAGUGGGAAGCAAGGUGAAUAAAGUGAAAAUAGGAGACAAGUGGGUGUAGGCUGCAUGGUUGGUGCUUGUCUGCCUGCGAGAGCUGUAACAGCAACCUUGAAAACCACACGGAACCGUCACAUAUGGAGGUUACUCAGACACAAUGGUCGCCAAUGAGCGCUACAUCGUUCGUUUCCCCGAGAACCUGCCACUUGAUGCUGGUGCUCCUCUACCAUGUGCUGGGAUCACAGUGUAUAGUCCCCUGAAAUAUUUUGGCUUAUCUGAGCCUGGUAAGCAUGUUGGCAUUGUAGGCCUUGGCGGGCUUGGUCACACCGGUGUGAAAUUCGCUAAGGCGUUCGGGUCAAAAGUGUCUGUGAUUAGUACCUCCCCUGGCAAGAAAGAUGAAGCUCUGAAGAAACUCGGGGCUGAUUCAUUCGUGGUUAGCUGCGACCAGGAGCAAAUGAAGGCUGCCAGAGGCACAUUGGAUGGCAUCAUCGGCAGAGUCUCAGCUGCGCAUCCCAUUGUGCCCUUACUUGGUCUUUUGAAGCCCCAUGGGAAGCUUAUUCUGGUGGGUGUACCAGUAAAGCCACUAAACCUCCAUGUGUUUCCUUUAAUCAUGGAAAGUCUGGCCGAUAGUGGAAUCGGAGGCAUGAAGGAGACCCAGGAAAUGAUUGAUUUUGCAGCAAAACACAACAUAACGGCGGAGGUUGAAGUUAUCUCAAUGGAUUACGUGAACACAGCAAUGGAGCGUCUUGCUAAGAAUGAUGUAAGAUACCGAUUUGUCAUUGAUGUUGCAAACACACUGGCUGCUAGGGAAGCUUGAAGACUCAAGAAGGUGAAUAAUGAAAGUUGUUGUAAGGUCUUAAGUAACUACAUUUCAUCCACGUAGGUUGAUUUGUGCCUGGCACGUUUAUUUUGUUUGUAUUGGCCAUUUAAUAUUUCAAAUAAGAAAGUAUAUGGGACGACGCCACGAGUCUAAAUCACGCCUAAGCCUUGACAUAUGAACUUUUUCAGCCGUAUUAUAUCAUUUACCUGUUUUAUUAGCAUUAUGAUUUUCCAAGUUUUUCAGUAUUUUGUUAUUGGUGUAAUUCGUUUCGUAUUUCAACUCCUAAAAAAUCUAGAGUUGACUGGCAUUAUUAAAUCUCCUUUAAGACGA